CAAUCCCAGAUACUAUUAUAUUUCUCAUUUCAUCAUAUAUUUGUAUAAUACUUUUACAUAAUUUCAAAUUCGAAGUCCGUGAGCCAGUGUACCUCUCGAACGUAUUAACUUUCUGAUAGUUUGGGGAAUUCUUAUCUUCUGUCUAAGCUGAUAAUUACUUUUUGUAUCACGUGCACGGCUUUCGCGUUUUCUUGAUUCAUUAAGCGGAAGUAACGUGACCGUUUCGCCUCGAAUCGACUAGCGGGCGUUUUCAAUAUUUUCAAGAAAAUUAUCAAUAACUGAGAUAAAAUAUGUUUAUUCUCCUAAUCAAACUGAUCAAGAAAUAUCUGACCACUCUUUCUAAUAAGCGAAAUGCUUUCAAAUAAUCAAUAAGUCCGUGGUUGCCGUGUCGGGAAACGGUCACAUAAGCCCUGCUUAAUAUGCCCAAAAACGCAAAAAUCCAUACAUGUGUUAGAAAAUAUAUGGUGUGCAUCAAAGGCUAAGAGGGCUUUACGCCUAUGGUACAUGAUAUACGGAGACUAUUGGUUCCGGUUGAAAUAGUAGUUUACGCAACAAGGGCGUAAAGCGAACUUUUUCGCACAAGUGUCACGCCGAUAACACGAGUGUAAAAAUUCAACGCCCGAAUUGCAUGCAAUAUUUUUCGGAUUCUGGGAGUACCUAAGGUUCGCGUGUAUGGUGUCAAUUACUGAGCGAAAGUGAAGUUUGGCUUCUCAUUUUACACACACUUUCAAAACUUUACACACUGUGUACGAAAAGGUUUGCCUUACGCUCAUAAAUCGUCACUUAACUUUUUCAUUUUGUUGCCAAGUUCUAUCACUUUGAGAUAUUGCAUUCAGCCGUUUUCGAAAUUAACGCGAAAGUGUAUCAGACAGACUGACACAUUAUUCCCGCUUCAUGCUGAUCAACUGUACCGCGGAAAAAAAUUUUUUCCUUAUUGCUUUCUCUUAUCAUAUUACUGAUAAACUUAGACUUCGUUUGUGUAACUCUGUUGUUACAGGCGUUGUCGAUACGUCUUUUUUAUCCGUAUUAUGAAUCCAUAUAAAUGGACUGGCGGGAUUGUCCCGGUUAGUUGGUAAGCAAAGUCGGUUGAGCACGUACAAAGUAAAGCUGUGUGAUAUUCUCAAUGAAUCGCUGGAUCGGAAAAGUCGCUCUGGUCACGGGGGCCAGCGCCGGUAUCGGUGCUGCAACGGUAGAGGCUCUUGUCCGAGAGGGUCUCAAGGUCGUAGGAAUAGCCAGGCGAGUCGAGAAUAUCGAGAAACUCCGCGAAGAGCUUAAAAACGAGGAAGGGGAACUGUACGCGAGAAAGUGCGACGUCUCGAAGGAGGAGGAAAUCCUCGCGGUUUUCGAAUGGAUCGAGGAAAACCUCGGCGGCGUCGACGUCCUCGUUAACAACGCCGGGCUGAUGCACGCGGCAAGUCUGACCGACGGAGACACCGAAGGGUUUCGCCGUUUACUGGACGUCAACGUCUUAGCAGUUGCCGUGUGCACGAGAGAAGCCGUGAAAUCGAUGAAAGCGCGUCACGUCGACGGUCACAUCUUCAACAUCAACAGUGUCCUGGGUCACUACGUCUUUACGGCCAGCGAUCGCUGGAGCUUGUAUCCGAGUACUAAGUUCGCGGUAACAGCAAUGACCGAGGUAACCAGGAAGGAACUGAUCAUGGCGAACACGAAGAUCAAGAUAACCAGCAUCAGUCCAGGAUUCGUUAAGACGGAAUUGGUCACAGUUGCCAGUUCGGAGUCGUGCUACAAGGAGAUGCUCAGUAUUAAUCCAUCCUUGAACCCGGAGGACGUCACUAGCGCAAUUAUAUACGCUCUAGGCACUCCGGCACAUGUCCAGGUCUGCGAGCUUAUACUACGUCCAGUCGGCGAGACAAUGGCUUGAUCGACUUUACAAUGCAAUGUACCUACGCCCUGGGAGUCUGUAAAAUUAUGUGAGCUGUUUUAAUUGUUGAAUAAACAAUACGUUUUGUAAUGUAGGCUUGCUAAGAUGAGCAGCAGUAAUAAUAAUAUUUUAAGUAAAUAAAAUUUUAUGACUGGUAUCAAAGA